AUGCCGGCGCGCCGGAAGAAGAAGGCGGCGGCCGGCGGGCGCGGGGAGGCGGCGCUGCUGCCCGAGCGCCCGGCGGUGGCGGCGGCAUCGGCGGCGGGCCGGGCGCCUCCCGCCGCGGCUCUGCCCAGGAUGUUCAGCGGCGUGGGCUGCUUCUGGGUCCUCCUGUCCUCCUGCCUGGUGGCCGUCUGCAGCUUCGGCUUCCUCUCGCCGGCGUGGAUCGUCCGCGAGCGCGGGGGCGGCCGGCGCUGGGGGGGGACCGCGCCCGCCGCCCUGGAAGGCGGCGGCGGCGGCGGCGGCGGCGGCGGCGGGGAGGUGAGCUUCGGCUUGCUCUGGCACUGCUCGGACGCGGCGCGGCGCGUGGACGACUGCUACGCCCUGGGCGGCCUGGGCGGCUUCGGCGAAAUCCCCUCCGCCUCCUGGCAGACGAGUGCGGUGUUGUGCGCCGGUGGCUGUGCUCUGCUGGCCUUCAGCUCCCUGCUCGCUGUCAUUGUCCUCUUCCUUCCCAGUGGGCAGUGUGAGAGACGGAUCUGCACCCUGGCUGGGUACAUUCAGACCGCAGCGGUGUUCAUCAUGGGAUUCGGCCUGCUGGUGUAUCCGUUUGGACUCGGCUCUUCCGCCGUCAGGAGACACUGCGAGGAUUCAAGCGUUUACUAUGCAGGGAGUUGCCAACUGGGGUGGGGCUACAUGUUGGCAAUAGUUGGCGUCAUGCUGUCAGUUUUUUUGCCAUUUUUUGCAAAAUACGCACCGAAAGAGCACCCUUACCCCACUCCGAUACCCACAGUUUUGUAGUAUUUCACCAGUAUUUAACAAUCAGAUGUUCUUGUUGGAAAUCAGUGGACAGCAAAGUAUCCGAGCGCUUCCUUUUAGCUUUGAGGCCAAGGAGAAAAGAAGAAGAGUGCUUAAAUCACUUCAAGUAGACCCAAAACAUGCUGAUAAUCAGCUCUCUGAUUCUGCAAUAAGAUUGUCAAGCUCUGGAUCGGUUGCCUCAAACAUUUAUCGUGGCUGAAUGCUUCCAAAAGAAAGAAAUCCGGUUUCAUCCUCAAUAUCUACCUCCCUGUUUCUUUUGCAUCUCAAACAAUCUUUUUUUUUAAUGCUUCAGCUCUGAUUUUUAUAGCUUACUGUUCAAUAUCUGAACUUCUUCUCUUUUUUUUUUUUGGAACCAGCUUGUUUUAAACCCAAGAACCCCAUUUUGCAAAUUAAGUUGCCCAGAUUAAUACAGCACCAUUGCUGGCUCUACUUAUUUGCAGUGCUCAAUCUAAGAGACCAUCUUCUGGAAUAGUGUGAUGGCCUCAUCCAGACAACAGGGUAAGACAAAGGCUGAGUCCCCCCACCCCAGUGCAAAACUACAGAUGACCCAGCUCAGUUUUGCCUUCUCUGUUGUGUGAAUCCAGGUCGUGGGGUACAGGUAGUCCUUGCUUAAUGACCACAAUUGGGACCAGAAUUUUGGUUGCUAAGCAAAGCAGUCAUUAAGCGAAUCUGACCUGAUUUUAUGACCUUUUUGCAGUGGUCAUUAAGUGAAUCACUGCAGGCAUUAAGUGAACCAAGUGGUUGUUAAGCAAAUCACCCAGUUCCCCAUUGAUUUCACUUGCCAGAAGCCGGCCGGGAAGGUCAAAAAUGGUGAUCACGUGACCAUGAGAUGCUGCGAUGGUCAUAAAA